AUGUCGCGAGGAGACAUCAACGAUGCCAGGAUGCCUGAUCCCAGCCUGAACUACACGGCUUUGGCGAUGGAAGAUCCUCUCCACCAGAACAUCACCUUGACAAUGCCAGACGGCUCCGGGAUGUUGAUCUCACUUGCAGAGAUCGAUUUCAACCAAUCAUACAUCGUCGGCAAGACGAUUGACUACGCCGUGGAGUUCGGCGCGAGCCUGAUAAUGCUAUUCGUCCUACUGGCCCUGACGCCAAAGAGCAAGCUCUGGCGGGCGGCCUCGAUCAUCAACAUGGUCGCGCUCAUCAACAACCUCCCACGGACGAUCCUCCUCGCAAUCUACUUUGAAUCGUCGUGGACACAGUUCUACGUGCUGUAUGGCGGGGACCAGCGCUUCGUCAGCGACUCCGACUUCCGCAACAGCGUGGCCUCAGUUGCCCUAGUCAUCCCGCAGAAUCUCCUAAUGAUGGCAGCACUCAUGCUGCAGGCGUGGGCCAUGGUCACGCUGUGGUCUCGCACCUAUAAAUGGGGUAUCUUGGUCGUGUCGGCCCUGCUGUCGCUUGCUGAGGUCUCAUUCAUGCUUGCGGUGCAGUCGGACCAGAUCCGCUCCUACUACCCGGGCUACAAUCCUGCCGUCUACCUGCCCAGGCGUCUGUUCCUGCGGUACGUGUAUCUCGCGCUGGAGCUCACGUGCAUCUGCUGGUUCUGCUUCAUAUUUAUGCUCCGGCUUGGCAUGCACAUGGUGCAGAACCGCAGCUUCUUGCCGAGCACCAAGGGCGUCGCGGCGAUGGAUAUGCUGGUAAUGACCAAUGGCGUGCUGAUGUUGAUCCCUGUGGUCUUGAUCUCGAUGCAGGUUUCUCAAAAGUUCAUCAUCGAGACGGGGUCCUUGGUCUACACAUCCCUAAUCAUUGUGCUGCCGCUAGGCACACUCAUUGCCCAGCGCCUGGCGGACCCCGGCGCUUUCAACAGCCACGGCGGAGGCAGGACCGGCGUCACCAGGACUGGGAAUAUGGACUACACGGGCAAUGAAGGAAAGACAGGAGUCACAUCUACCGUUUCGUCGGAGCGGUUCCCAAAGGGGGCCGAUGUGGUGGACAUGGAGCUGGCGCGGAUUGACGGCGACCUCGAGACGGGGAGGGUGAGGGUGAAUCGUGAGCUGCAACAGUCGGAGGAGAUGCUCUAG